AUGGGUAAGGGACAGCCCCGUGGUUUGAACGCCGCCCGCAAGCUCGCGACCACCCGUCGCGAGAACCGUUGGGCCGACUUGCACUACAAGAAGCGCCUUCUCGGUACCGCCUACAAGUCCUCCCCCUUCGGUGGUGCUUCCCACGCCAAGGGUAUCGUCCUCGAGAAGGUCGGUGUUGAGGCCAAGCAGCCCAACUCCGCUAUCCGCAAGUGUGUCAAGGUCCAGCUCAUCAAGAACGGCAAGAAGGUCACUGCUUUCGUCCCCAACGACGGUUGCUUGAACUUCAUCGAUGAGAACGACGAGGUCCUCCUCGCCGGUUUCGGUCGUAAGGGUAAGGCCAAGGGUGAUAUUCCCGGUGUCCGUUUCAAGGUCGUCAAGGUCUCCGGUGUCGGUCUCAUGGCCCUCUGGAAGGAGAAGAAGGAGAAGCCCCGCUCUUAA